AUGAUGCAUCCUCAAGUCUUCAUUUCAAGCCUCAUACUACUUCUCCCAGGUGCUAUAGAAUCCUUCCCAGAAGUGCAUGGAGUGGUGGGUCACCCUGUGACACUGCCGUGUACUUACCCUGUAUCUUAUGGCAUCUCACCCACGUGUUGGGGCCGAUUGGCAUGUUUUACUAGUAAAUGUAAAAAUGUUGUUAUUUUGACCAAUGGAUACUAUGUCUACUAUGAGAGGAACAAUCGUUACCACCUAAAGGGGCAGCUUCUUCGAGGAAAUGUGUCCUUGACCAUAGAGAAUGUCACUGAGAGUGACAGUGGUCUCUACUGCUGUCGAGUGGAAAUGGCGGGAUGGAAUGGUGUACAGAGACUGACCAUCUCACUGCAAGUUCAACCAGGAAUUGAUCCAACACAGAACUCACCAAGGAUCAUGACUAAAGGUUUCUACAUUGGAAUCUCCAUUACCUUGCUGCUUCUACUUCUUGUGAGCACAAUGGUUAUCACAAAGUGCAUCCUUGUGAAAAAGAAGCCAGGAUCUCUAAGCUUGGUAGCAUUUCGUGUCUGUAAGAUCAGAACUUUACAUAAUUCGAAGAAUGUACGACCACGAGUCCAGGAAAAUAUCUACAUUAUUGAAGACAAUCCUCCUGUCAAAGAUUAA